AUGACCAUGUUAAGGCUCUGGUGCGCCCGCGCCUCAACGCGGUCCAGGGGCCUUAUCGCGGUGUCCUUCGUGUUGACCACGCUUCUCCUGUCCCUCUUGGCUCCUGUAAUCCAUAAAGACGCGGUUGACGUACUCCAGAGGCCGUCGUUUAACGGCAAGCAAGGACAGUCCACGGCGGGCACCCACGUUUUCCCAAAUCAGUCCGGGCCCCCUUCGGGCAGAGAGUACCUGGACGUUGCCACGGGCAGCAAGCUGCACAUGUUGCUUCCGGCAACAAAAAGCAAUGUCAACUUGUGCAAAACUCUCCUGACCCUGGCAAUCUUAGGGUACCCAGCUCCUCAUAUUGUAUCGUGGGGCAAGGAGGACGAUGCCAAAGACCUUCUCGGAGGGGGAUCGCACUUUGCCAAAAUCACGGGCGUGCUCGAGUACAUCAACGACGAGAAGCGACGCGACCAACAAGACUUCGACGACGAGCUCGUCGUCAUGAUUGACAGCUACGACAUUUGGUUCCAGUUGCCUGUAGAGGUCCUGAUCGCGAGGUACAGAGCCAUCGUCGCCGAUGACGACGAGCGAGUCGCACGACGCAUGGGCCGCGCAUUCGACCGUGAAGGCAUCCACGCGAACAUUGUGUUCGGAGCCGGGAAGCGCUGCUCCCCGAACCAGAUCCAUACUCUGGCAUGUUAUCCGAUUCCCGAGUCACCGUUGCCCAUGGGUCUCCAUGGCGGCAACACGGACACCCUCAUGGGCCGCAACCAGUACAGCAGUUUCCGGACUCGCUACCUCAACUCGGGCUACAUGAUGGGUCCUAUCGGCGCCAUGCGGCCUCUGCUGGAGAGAGCAAAGGUAAAGCUCGACGAGUGCGCCAAUCGCACCGGGGCGUCAUUCGAUAACGGGUCCGGUGAUUCGGACUACUGCUACCACGGUAGCGAUCAGAGCAUCUUCGUCGAGAUGCAUGGAGAGCAAGAGUUCCACCGCGAGGUGAUGCGCCGUCACCAUCGGAGCGGGAUGGAUGACUACUUGGAUCGCGUGAUGCCCAACCGAGCAGGCUCCCGAACCCCGCCGUCUCACAUCCAGAACGCGCCCAUCGAGGACUUCCUUAACCCAGCCUUCACACACCAAGCGGCUAGCGACACCUACCUUCCGGAUAAGCCGUUCGAAUUCGGCAUUACCCUCGACUACUGGUCCCUGCUGGGACACCAGACGUCCAAUGCGGAAUAUGAUACUCGCUAUAUAAGACAUGACGCAGCCCUGGAGCCGCAGGUUGGGGACCAAGGCAUGUUUGACUGUCCCGCGAAGGCUCAGAUGCCUGACGACCUACCGAUCGAAGCGCCUGGGCUGUUUCUGGAGGAUGCUCAGAAGAAUUCCUGGAGGUCAAUACCCCUGUACACGGAGAUAUGUGUGGGCACGGUGCCCGUCAUGAUUCACCACAACUCUGUGGACAAGUGGUGGCGGGAGGCGCAGUGGGACAAGACGUGGUGGCAUGGACGCUCACGGGGGCUUCUGGAGGAGAGGCGAAAGGCUGGUCUGGCACAGCUGAACGAGGGAAUACCCACGGAUGCUGCGUUGUCGAUGAGUUGGGAGGAACUGUGCCCGAGGAGCGUGGAAAAGGAGCUGUUUCGAGACGUCGAAGACCCGUCGCCGGUGGCAUGA